AUGUUCCUGCUCUGCCCCGGUGAACUGAGAGCACAGCUGGGGACUACCCCCAACAUUAAACACAUUGUGGUUGGAAGGUGUUACAAUUAAAUCACACUAGUUAACUCCAGCCUGAAGUUUGACUGUGAGGAGAUCUGGAGACAGUUUGAGGACGCGGUUGUCCGUCAGUCCUCUUGUAAUGUGACGGUGGAGGAUUAUCAUCACAUGUUUUAUGCGAUGCCACAAACCUGGCCUUGCGAUAGGUUCCUCUUCUGGAGUAAAACCAGGACGCUGAUGCACAGCUACGCAGCUGUCGUGCCUCACUUCUGGACCCUGGAGGACACGCUGGUUGGCUACAUGUUCAACGACCUCAUCUGGUGCGGACAAGAGGAAGACUCCGGUUUUGAUUUCAGUUCUUGUCCGGAGUGGUCGGCAUGUAGAAACCAUCCGGUGUAUUCCUUGUGGAGGCAAGCGUCACAAAAUGUGAGUUUAAUGUCCCAACUGCAGAAGUCCCACCACACCAUGUCCCAGAGAACAGCAAACACUCUGUGUGGGAAGAUUGUUAUUGGUACCACGACGUGA